AUGGCUCAACGGAAAACGGAAUUUGGUCCAUCUGCUCAACCGUCUGCUUUGUUGAUGGUGUCUCCAGAAGAAAUGAAUUUUAGCUUGCUGUCCAACAUGAACACAAACCUGGGGAACAACAACAUUCCGACAUUGAUCCCCGUUCGGUCGCCUCCGUCUCCAACUAAUUCUGACUUGCUGUUGGCAGACGAAGGGGAUGUUGAUAGUUUUGUGGGACAGAUAUCAGUUAGUUCAUCACAGCUACCAUUGCAAAAUUCCCAGCAACAGGGCCCCACUUCAUUUACUAGUCAGGUAACUAACUAUAUCACUCGUUCCAUCGGUGCAGUCAACCAGAUCAACAACAAAUUUGAUGUCGGGUUCAACAAUCAGCAAACUGAAUUCAUAUCAUCUACUUCAUUGGGGUAUAAUUCAAAUUUUUCAUCAGCACCACCUACAAAUUACAAUGCUCAAUUUGGCAAUGCCCACCUACCCCUUCCACCAUCAUCCUCAUCAUCUUCAUCAUCCUCAUCUUCUCAGUAUCGGCACACAGGAAAAUUUCAAUACGUUGUUCCGCCAGAGUGUUUACCGUCAACUGCUCAACAACAGCCACCACCAUCAAUUUAUAAUAAUCUUCCUCAAAACCGACCUACCCCAACCAACCAAACAUUUUAUGCACCUCCACAACAACAAUUACCAUCUGCAUAUCCAGCUCCUAAUCAAGUUGCACUAGGUGGAUUCAACCAAAUUGAUCAGGGAGUAAGUAUUAACCCAGGAGUAAGUUAUGUUCCUCCUGAAUACCACUGGUUCUUCAGUAAAAAGAUUGAAGAUAAAAUUAUUUGGAUGCCAUUUUCUUUUGCUGAUUCCAAAAGACUUGAAGAAGCUUUUGAAAGUGGCUUGUCAGACAACCAGAUGGUGCCAGUAAAGGGCGGCCGAUAUGAUGUUGACAUGUCAAUGAAAAUGAUGCUACCUGUGUUCUGGACGGAAGAAGAAAUGGGCAAAGUUAUGAGGUGUUUGUGGUUUUAUAGGUCGGCCAGCGAAAAUGAGUUUGUUCCUUAUGAUGAAAUGUUCUCAGCUGGCAUUGAGGAGAGCUACAGACAAACAAUUCUAACGUGUGACUUCCACAAAAGACUUGCAUACCCUAACGGCGAAACGAUCAUCAUCCACACGCCAACCACCAUUGUCCACUAUCCAUCGUCAUCACAGCCUGAUGCCUGGGGGAACGUGGUUAAUGAUGUUAGACCUAGAGUAGUAAGAAGGGGUAUCUCAGAGUUUGAUAAUAUACCUAAAGAUGAAAGAGCAAAUGUUGAUCAUUUAGUAUUCAUUGUCCAAGGUUUCAAACCUAUGUUUGGUGUCAAUAACAGGAAGGUUACUGAAUAUGCUGAUGAUUUUCGACAAAUUGCUGACCAGAUGCUUACUGGCCACUUUGAAAAGCCUAUAAAUGAAGGAGUCGUCGGUCGAGUAGAAUUCAUCCCUAUCACCUGGUCACAUGAUCAGUAUCGUAAUGACGUCACUAACGUCGACAACAAAUUAAGAAGCAUAACACUGCCGAGAAUCAAUAAGCUGAGAACAUUCACAAAUGAAACGCUACUCGACAUCCUCUUCUUUACUAGUCCAUCACAUGCUCAAAAAACUGCCACCGAGUUGACUGACAAAUUGAACUUGACCUUCGACCUCUUUAAAUCACGUCACCCUCAGUUCAAGGGUGGUGUGUCUAUAAUUGGGCAUGGAAUCGGCAGUCUUAUUGUGUAUGAUCUGUUGUCCAAUCAGGGUGAAGGAAACAUUGAUAGUGCUGUAAAUAACCAGCCAAUAGUUUCUCACCUAGUUUCAACCAAUCAGCAUAAUGCAAAUCCUGUUGUCAAUAAUAUAGAUGGAAAGGUUAAACCACCAAGUUUUAUGACCUUGGAAGAAGUGAUGGGCAAAUUAAAUUUGAAGGAUUAUGAAGAUGUUUUCAUGAGAGAAAAGAUUGAUGUCUCAUCUCUCCUCCUUCUUACUGAUUCAGAUAUUAAGGAGAUUGGUCUUCCCCUAGGUCCCAGGAAGAAAAUUCAGGAAUUCAUAAAGGAGCAGAAGGAUAAAGAGUUUCUGGAAAAAUCUGAAGUAAAAGAAAAUCGACGACAACAACAACAAAUGCAACAACUAGAUCUAUUCACACAAUCAACAACAACAACAACUGCGACAUCAACGCAAUUUCAAUUUACAACUGACAAACUAAACGACCAAAACUACAAAGGAAUAGACAUCCAGCAACUCAACUACCCACUAUUAAAUUUCAAACUUUCAAAUUUCUUUGCCUUUGGCUCUCCUGUGGCCCUCUUGCUGGCCCUGAGGGGAGUGCACAGUCUGGGUGAUGAAUACAAACUGCCCACAUGUCCAGGGUACUACAACAUCUUCCAUCCGUACGACCCGCUUGCCUACCGCAUGGAGCCAUUGGUUCUACCGCAGGUACCCAGCAAGGCCGUCCUUAUCCCCCACCACAAGGGCAGGAAGAGGCUACACCUAGAAUUGAAAGAGAGUCUAGCCCGCAUUGGUUUUGACAUAAAGCAAAGAAUCGUAGAAUCAUUUCGAUCGACCUGGCGAACGAUCAACAACUUGGCAGCCACGUACAGAGGUGGCGCUGGUGUUUCGACGCCGGCCAUCUCAUCGCCAGCAGAAUUAAAAAUCAAUGAUGAGGACGUCGACAGUGAAGUUAGAAAUGUUCUGACUGAGAUUCAGCAACAGGCCGAUGAUGCUGGCUCAGUUGUAACGUCCAGUGUAGCAGAUGAAAUGGACUUGCCCAUAGGAGCAUUGAACCAGGGUCGUCGAAUUGAUUUUGUACUUCAGGAGAAGCCCAUCGAGAUAUUUAAUGAUUACCUCUUUGCUCUCGCUAGUUCGUCAUGCUAUUGGCAAUCUGAGGACACAGCUCUGCUGAUGUUGAAGGAGAUCUACCUGGAAAUGGGACUGGUGCCGCACAAACCUGGAAUGCCCAUCCUUCCAUCACAGCCCGGAUUCGCUGUGGUUCCUCCUCCGAAAACUGGUUUUGUUCAACCGGCAUUUAUUCCUCGUUAUCCGGCUCCUCCCACUAACGCUCCGUUGGCUCCUUCAACUAUCAUUCAACCGUACAACAUGCCUUCUUCUUAUGCUUCUCCUACUGGUCAGAUGCCGCCAUCCAAUCAUGAACAAGAUAGUUAUUUUAAUCAACAAGCCAAUUAUGCACUCACUAAUCCUAUUGGCGAACCAUUGAGACCGCCUGCCUAUCCAUCUGCUCUUAUUGGUGGUUUUGGUUUGCAGGGAUCGCCCAUGCCCGUCAGACCGGCCAAUCAAAUCACGGGACCGCCUCCUCGAAGUGGAUUUGUUAAAUUGUAAAUAUGCGUCGUCGUUAACUUUUAAUAUUGUAAUUAAAUAUCAUUUUGGUCAUUAAUUCUUAAUUACAUCAACAUAUAUCAGAUGUCGGUGUUGUCUCAUUUAUAUUUCAAGCGUUGAGAUCGCUGAUUGGUUUAACGUUUUAUCUUAAUCAUUUCGUAUAAUUUUCUUUGCGGUAGGUACCAUGAAUGAUUAUCGUGCUUUUCAUUCAUUUCAACUUACUUUUGCUUAGCUAAGCAGCAACUUCUACAUAUUAUUCGAUUUUCCAAAUGCAUUCAUUUUUGUUAUCAUUAUUAAUGUCAUUGUUGCUAUUUGUUAUACUUAGGUCGUUAUUGAUGUCAUUAAUGUCUCUCAGUUAUUUGUAGCAAUAACAACUGCCAAUGCAAACAUUUGAAAGUUGAUUUUUCGGCAAUCUUUGAGAGGCUUAAGGGUUAAAUUGGUGAUCUGUCCAGGAAGAAAGAUUCCCAUUGGUUUUUACCAACAACUACCAAAUUUUUCUUCAACCGUAUCAUUACAAGACAACUCUUAAUAAACUGGUGGAAAAAAGUUGGACUCGGAUUAAGGAAAUAAGCAUCUAAUACCCUCUGCUUGUAUUCAGUUUCUCCAUGUUUAGAUAGAUGAUUUUUCGGUUUUUUUUGUUUUGCUUAAUUAUUUAUUAGUUUGUUUUUCGUUAAAUAUAUUAUUUAUUUGAGUUCACUGAAAGGAUCUUAUAUUAUAAUUAUUAAACUACUUCGAAUCACUAUAAAUGUUUUUUUUAUCUUCGAUUUCAUCCAUAUAGUUCAAUAAAUGUAAGAAGCUGAUAGGCCAAAUCCUCUUUUAAAUUUGUAUUGACAGGUCGUACGUGACUUGCGUUUCUCGUUAACUCAACUUCACUGAAGAUUAUCAAUUAAUUCUAUUGUGUCAUUAUUUAUUGUUGAUGGUGGUUAUUAUUCUUAGUUGUUAUUAUUAUCGUUAUAAUUGUUAUUUAGUUAUAAUAAAAAACUAGAUUCGGUAAA